AUGUUGUCCACUAUUCCGGUCGAUUUCUCAUCCGGUUCAUUGGUAGACUACGAUCCAUUCCUGGAUUUCGAAAGCGGCUUCACGCUGCCGUGGGAUUGCUCGGAACUUUUUAACACAACCCAAUCAAUAGACCCAGAGGGACCGGGUUCCGGUUCAGACGAAACAAAUCAAAACCGAACCAACUCAAACUCUAUUUUAGAUGAACCGAACCAGGCGCUUUCCGUCAUCAAGGAACGAAAGAGGAGGCGUAUGAUAUCCAACAGAGAAUCAGCGAGGAGGUCACGGAUGCGUAAACAGAAGCAUUUAGAAAACCUAAGGAACCAGGUGAACCGGCUUAGAGUCGAGAAUCGAGAACUGAACAACCGUUUGAGGUUGGUUCUGUACUACUGUCACACUGUAAGGACGGACAAUGAUCGGCUCCGGUCCGAAUACAGUUUGCUCGGACAAAAACUUUCGGACAUACGUCAAAUUUUGCUAUUCAAGCAACUGCAUCAAUUUUCACCUGCAUGA